AUGGAGAUCAUUAAAACUCAGUCUGACGAGGACUUGGAAAAGCACCAGAGAAGUCUGAGUCUGGUCAAGCAAGAUGUUUUUUACAUACUAUUACAAAAAGAAACCUGGCAAGGCAAGAUUAUUUACCAGAGUCAAAAGAAUAUCCUCCAAGCAUGGUUUGAACAUGACCCUUACCCUGAAAAAGCUAACAGGAAACAACUGGCCAAGGAAAUUGGCAUUCCAGAAUCUAAAAUUCAGAUUUGGUUUAAAAACCACAGAGCAAGACAGAGCCGAUUGGGGUUCACAUACUUACCAAAAGGAGCCACACAAGACCACACAUCGGUUCCAAGAUCUCAAUCAAACAUUCUAGUUCAAGCCUUCAAGAGGAACCAAUUCUUUGAUAUUGCAAACAGGAAAACACGCCAAACAGGCAUUCCAGAAUCGAGAAUUCAAAUGUGGUUUCAGGACCCAAGAUCUCUGUACCCUGGGCAGAGCACAAGUGAGCCUGUGAAUUCCUUGGUAGAUGGCCCAAAUGGGAGACCUGGUAUGACAGCUCAGCAGCACGAAAUUGACCUAUGUACUCUCCCAGGCAGAUCUCAUCAUUUUGCUUCCUCCAGUUCUUUCAGCAGGAACCAACCAUUUCUACCUGUUCUUCUCCCAUCCCACGUAUCCUCUGUCCCUUGUGUGAUCCAAGGACAAAGUGUCAUGAUGCAGCCCAUGCAGGCUGUGCAGAGAGGAGAGAACUCUCCCUCUACUCUAACACUUGGGAAUUAUGUGCCAGCACUGCUGACUAUGGGAGGAGACCCAGAUACUCAGUACCCCUUCUGGCCCCAAUACCAAGAACGCCAGGAUCACCAAGAACAGACUGACAUGGGAGUACUGCAGUUGGAAGACUAUUCUCAGCCUCAAGCUGAGCACAAAAAACCACCACCACAGGAUCUGAGCCAGGUGGACAUAUCUUACUUUCUGCAGUGGUGGGAUGAGUGCUGCCAGGCUCUGACUGCAGAGCGGGAUCCUCAAAAAGGGACCCACUGAGACAGACUGGUGGCCACACCACACAGAGUCAGCUGGAGAACCAUCUCAUGCCCUCAGCCAACCGCACCAGCAAUAUAUAGAAACCUCAAGAAGCCUUUAGGUCAACUCCUGCCAUCCACAGAUUGUCAGUAAAAGGUACAAACUUUUUUGAAUCCUGAUCCACAGGAAGAGGACCCUCCAGGAUUUUCAGGUUCUUCUGAACACUUUGCAAAGCUCACCAGGGCUUGAGCUUCAGGAGGAAGAAGAUAGCAUUCUGAACCUGAUCCAGUCCUCCUUUCUUUGGAUGCAGAUCACAGC